UUUGUCGUAGAGUUGCCGUCUACUUGCGAAGAGUUAUGGCGAACACUAUUUACCAUGUCGUGGCCCUGUACACUCUAAUUUUUAUCUGGAUCAUGACUACAAAAGCAAGACUUAUUUCAGACAAUUCAGAUAAUUCAAUAGCGGAUCCUUUCCCACCGAGGAUGAAAGAAAAAAACAUAUAUUUUUCUUCAGAAGAACUUGUACCAAAUUUAGGAUUUGAACGUCCAUACAGAUCACUGAGGAAAUUGAUGAGGCCUAGAGCGACAAGAGUAGGAGACAAUUUGGAAUUGUUCACAGCCAGAGGAUAUGGAAAGAGAUCGAGCGGCAACGGCGGCUGCAAAGGCUGCAGAGAUCUUGCCUUUAGAGAACUGUCCCUUAAUAGCGCCAGGCGAUUCGGCAAACGAGAUCCAGAUAAAAUGGAAAACAUAUUAUGCAUGAUUACCAACUGCAGAGACAACAAGAAAAAUGUUCAAAUGAAUGGCGAAUUUUCGAAUGUGCUGACUCGAAGGGACAAAGAAAUACCGGAUAGGAACACAUUAGACGAAGCCGACGACUGAUUUCUUUUGGUGAAAACCCUCUUCUAGAAAUAUUUCUAUUUACAUUACUAAUGUGAUCCUGAACGUUGUACUUAAAAUUCAGCAUAAAAUAUUAGUUAAAUCAAUAUUAAGAUGUACAAACGUGUGGUUCGAAAUAAUAACUUUGUGUUUUUUUUUUGUCGUGCACAAAUUUUGUUUUAUGUCUACAGUACCUACGUUCCCGGAUUGUGUUUACAUGAGGGAAAACCUUUUUAAUAUUAACUUUAUACGAAAAAUGCACUCAUCAUAAAAUCAAUUGCUUGAUAUAAAAGGGUUUAUGCCGUGUAUAUUUUUCCUAAUUUCUAUACGUUCUUAAAAAAAUAUUUAAAUAUUUUUGAAUUUUUUCCAAGUCUCAAAAAUCAUAACGCGUUUCUAUGAUAAUAUCAUUUUUAGGCUUUUAUUCUUUGAUAAAAGGAUAGUAUUAAUUUUGAUGAAAUGUCAUAUUUUUUGCUGUUUUAAUAUGUUAAAGAAGCACAUCAUUUAUUUGGCUAAAAGUAUAAUGGGAUGAACCAUUUUAGAGCAAGCAACAUUUUUUAUGAAGAAUGCAUUUUCUCAAAAACUUAAUAAUAAAAAGUGUUUUUCCUCUUGUCAAGACAAUCCAGAGACAUACUGUAGAUACAUUUUCGACUGUUUAGUUAGUGUACCUAUCUCAUCUUCUUUUUUAAUUUGAAAAAUGUGUGCUCAUCAUUAAAUAAUAAUGUUAGGUGUGGCUGUUUACAUGGUUAACAGUUUGGUAAAAAUAUACGAAAUUUAUUUAAUGAUUUCUUUUUAACUAAAAGUUUGUGGUAGAACGUAGAGCGCAUUAUACUUUUUUAUAAAUGAUUUUAGCUAACAUUUGACUUCGAUGAUAGUUUGUGCUAUAAAUUGGCAUAGGUAUUGCAAUAAAAAAUAAUAUUUUAUUUUUACCAACCAAAAGCAUGCAAUACAAAAUUCCACGAUAAAAAUACAUAAUAAAAAUGUUUUUCUGUCCGUAUUUAAAAAAUAAUUAUUUCGUUGUAAAAAGCGAGAUACGACUAAUAAUAUGGAAUAAAGUACUUAGAAGCAAUAAUAUACUAAAAAUAUAUAUUGCAUUUUUAUAAUAUUAGCUCUUUUAAUGUGCCUGCACUGAACGAUAGAAAUGCUUUUUAGUAUGCAUUUUAUUCGAUUUAUUAGGAAAAUCGCUGUGAACAUGGUUGAGGAAGUCAUGUAUAUGCAAAGUAGAAUUCUUUUCAUAUAGAGAUCUGAUGGAUUUGCACGUGAUGCAAGUAAUAUGAUAAAAAAGCUUUUAUUGAAUUUCAAAAAGUAGAUUUAAAAAUAAUAAAAGAUAUUUUUUUUAUUGAGAGAACAAUAAAUAGCACAGCAAAAUCUGUUAAUCGAACUUUCCGUAUCCUACAUUAUUCUCAAUAUUUAUUAUAUACCGUAUGAUCGAAAAAAAACGGCGUCAGCGAUGUCUAUGAAAUGAAGAUCGCCGUAAUUUUAUAUGUAAAUUUAUAUGGGAAAUGUCAUCGAUGUUCAUUUCAUAGCCAUCGCUGAGGCCGUUUUUUUAUCGAUCAUACGGUACCUGUAUAAGUGAAAUUUGUUAUGAAGUGGCUAUUAAAGUGUCAAUUUCAGUUGGCCGUCGGCACGUGUUUUCAAAAGGAAGGAUUUUUUAGGGCACCGGAAAAAAAUUAACCACAACCCUAGUAUAUGUAUAUUUAUAUUUAAUCAUUUUUUCAUAUUCUAUUCGCAUGUUUCAAACUGUUUAUUUAAUUUAAAAAUGAAGUACCAAAUUAAAUAAUUAAUAUAAUUUAAAAUCACGGUGAUAAUGAUGAUUUUUAAAAAUUUCACACUGUUUAGAAAUUAUACACGUAUACAACCAAUCCAAACUUGACAUCUUAAGAAACUAUGCUGUAUUUAUGUAUUUAGGUUAUAAAACCACAAAUGGAUUAAUAUAAUUAAAACCGCAUGUUUUCCUUUUAGAUAAUUAAUUAGUUUUACUUGACAUCCCCUUUGAGAAUAAUACAAUACUGAUAACGUACAUAAAUACAACGUACAAUGAGUAAAUUGUCAGCAUAAUUGCAUAGAUAUAGCUGUAAUUCAUCAUCAAUUAAAACAAAAUAAAAAAAAAUGUUUUUUAUUUUUUUCUUUGAACUAGAGUAAACCAUCAUUACUUUUCUAUUAAAGUAAGCAUUUAGUAUUGUUUUUUUCUGUAUUAUAUUAGGCUGGAACACUGAUAGCAUAGAAUAGUUUUUGGCACGGUGUAUUAUUCCGAACCACAUUGACAAUAUUUAAAAAAAUUGUCUGUUGAUAAUUUUCCAGAAUUAAUUGGUUUUAAAAUAUGGUGUAUCUUUACAAUCUACUCUAUUGUAAAAUUAGAGUUUCAUGUUCUUCUUGACUGUGUAGUAUAACUUUAAACUUCUAAUUUUAAAGUUAUUAGAAAGUAAGUACAUGUAACAAAUAAACUAAUUUGUUUCUAAACAAGGAAAAUCUUUCAUUAACUGAUUUCUUUGGUGGUACACACAAUCUUAAUAGGUCUACAGAAUAUUUCUUCUAACUCAUAAAUAACGUAACAAUAAAGAAUAAAUAAAUUCAAAAAAGUUACAUUUUAUGUGUGUGUUCUAUUUUUAAAAUUUGCCAGCUCAGUAAUAUUUAAAGUAUAUAUUGACAAAUUAAAUUAGAGUAAAUUAGUAUAUUUUCCGGAAACGAGUAGGUACCUAUUAUCCCCUUGUUUAUGUUACUUAAAUGUUUAUAUACUUAAAUUUUAUGUACAAAUGACUAAAAAAAUAAAGUAAU